AUGAGAUAUGGAGGACUUUAUCAUGUGUUCUAUCAAUACAAUUCUAAAGGUGUUAUUUGGGGAAAUAUUGUGUGGAUACAUUUAGUGUCCAACGAUCUCAUGAAUUGGACACCACUAGAUCUUGUCAUCUUCCCUUCUCAACCGUCGGAUAUAAAUGAUUGUUGGUCAGGAUCAGCUACACUUCUUCCUGGGAACAAACCAGCCAUUUUGUACACAGGAAUUGACUCCAUGAAUCGCCAAGUUCAAAACUUGGCCCAACCCAAAAAUUUGUCUGACCCAUUUCUUAUUGAUUGGGUUAAGCUCCCUCAAAACCCUCUAAUGGUACCACCAGUAUUUCUUGGUAAAAGAUGA